UGAUCUCGCAUGGCAUAGGAGGCUUAGGACCCAGGGGGCGCCUUUCAGCCGAAAAACACCUCGCUGCAGCAAGCUAGCUGGGAAGCUCCCAGCUCUAAAGAGAGGCUGUUUACCAGAAGAGCAUAACAAGGGCAGGUCUGACUGCGAGGCUGGGACUGGGAGGCAGAGGCGACGCUAAGGGGACCCCGGUUGGGCACUGGUUGGUCAAUCACAAGCAAGAUGAAGGAGGUGAGGAUGCUCUUAGCCUGGGUGCAAACAUUCCUCAUCAACAACAUGCUCCUAGCAGAAGCCUAUGGAUCUGGAGACUGCUUCUGGGACAACGGCCACCUGUACCGGGCGGACCAGCCCUCCCCAGCCCCGGGCGUGCGCUGCCUCAACUGGCUGGAGGUGCAGAGCGGCCUGGCGUCUGCCCCCGAGUCGGAUGCCGGCAACCAUAGCUACUGCCGGAACCCGGACCAGGACCCACGCGGGCCCUGGUGCUACGUCAGCGGCGACGCCGGCGCUCCCGAGAAGUGGCCUUGCGAGGACCUGCGCUGCCCAGAGACCACUUCCCUGUCCCCUCUAACCUCCACAACAGAAACUGAGGAGGCGUCUGAAGUGCCAAGUGGAGAUGAGGUGCAGGUGUUCGCUCCUGCCAACGCCCUGCCCGCGCGGAGUGAAGCAGCAGCCGUGCAGCCAGUGAUUGGGAUCAGCCAGCGGGUGCGGGUGAACUCCAAGGAGAAAAAAGACCUGGGAACCCUCGGCUAUGUGCUGGGCAUUACCAUGAUGGUGAUCAUCAUCGCCAUAGGAGCUGGCAUCGUCUUGGGCUAUACUUACAAGAGGUGUGGUCCAGGCCAGUGGGAAGGGCCCUACAUGUGCAGCCAGAAGACUGGGUUUGAGUCCCUGUACCACCAUUGCUUUGGGGUGACACUGAUCAGGGGGAAGGACCUGAAAGAGCAGCAUGACCAGCAAGUGUGUGAGAGGGAGAUGCAGCGAAUUACCCUCCCCUUGUCUGCUUUCACCAAUCCUACCUGCGAGAUCGUGGAUGAGAAGACUAUUGUGGUCCACACCAACCAGACUCCAGUGGACCUUCAGGAGGGCAGUGCCCCCCUCAUGGGUCAGGCGGGCACUCCUGGGGCAUGAGCCACCAAUAAUGGGCAGGAGCCCAUGCAGAUACUGGUGCAGGACAGCCUACCCUCCUACAGUUGGGAGGAUCUACACUUUUUGUUGUGGUUAAAACCCUCCCUCAACUUUUUUUUUUUUGGUUAAUUCUAAAACAGAAGCAGGUGUUGUGCUGAGGGCGAGGCUGGGUAGGGUCCUACCAAUGCUCCUCCUCCGUCCCCUGGAGCAGGAUUUUGCCUGUGGAUGGAGACAGCGGCAGCCCUCACAGCAGUGCUGCUGACAAGGGCUUCCAAACGUUGCCUGUGCCCUGGAACUGAACCAGGGACAGACAAGGAGCUCCCCCAGGCUCCUCUGUGCUUUAUUAUCUAAGAUGGCCUCGGUCUCCGCCCUUCUGUCUGUUCUCUGUGGGCUUGAGUGGCGCAUACUGUUAUCCAUAGUUCAGGUCAAGCGGUCAAGAGGCAGUAUUUAAAAAAUAGUUUUUAAAAUAGUUGGGAUGGAACUCCCUACUGACCUCUGAGAACCAGAAAGGAGUUCGUACAAAAGUCAAAACUGUGGGUUGAGAAUGGGAUCUAGGCUAGGGGCUCCUGGGGGUGCUCCAGCUUGCUGGUGGUGAUGUGCCUUGAUAACCAUGGGCCAGCCCGGGGCCCAGGGACUCUUCCUAUUUCAAAAGGAAAGGAAGAAUCGCACUGAACAUUCCACUUGGGAAGAGGGUAGAGAAGGAUCCGCAGCUGCUUUAGGCCACAGGACCUGAGGGGGCCCUGGGGUACCCUAGACAGUCUGUUCAGGGUGGACAAUGACCUCUUUUCGUUUUUCAGGGGUAAGACAAGAGCCAACUAACCUACGGGAAUUACACUGUGGGGCCUUGUGAGCUGCAUCUGAGAGGUUAACUCAGAAACUAAGCUCAGAGGCAAGGUAAUAAAGUGCUUCGGGGCUUGAGUUUGCAGGUGGCUCUGUGGCCUCCAGGCCAGUGCACCCCUAACUUGUAAAACAAUCAACCAUUGGAAGGGACCUUAGGGUUCCUCAAGCCUUUUGGACACAGGGGCCCACAGGGGGAAAGUGAUGCCCAAGGUCAGAGAGCAAGCUACUGGCAUGGCCAAGAGGAGAGUAACAUUUCUCCACAGCACUGUGCUGCACCGAGCCAGUGGCUCAGCAGGGCCUCCAAGCCCUGAUGCCACACUUGGAGGCCUUAGCAGUGCUCCCUAUCCAGAGCUUCCUUCCCAAAGCCCUUCCACUGCCCCACGUGGGAGAGAGGGGGGUCAGUAGGGCCCAUUCUCUUCAGCAGACUAUUCCUGGGAGUGGUUUGCUGAGGGGACCUCGGCCUCAUGGGUCCCCUGGUGUUAGUGAUACUGAAGAAAAGAACAGUACAUUACUGGUUUCUACUUUUCUAUAAAAGCAUUUCUGUGUACAUGUUUUAUAUACCUCAUUCUGAUACCUGCAUAUAAAGUGCAGGAAAUUGCUCUGCAUUUGACUUGUAUAAAUUAAAAAACAA